GUUCUAAAGUUCGUCGAUAUGUACAUAGUAUCUACACUAGUCCAAAAAGAAAAAAUCCUGAUUCAUAUUUAAUUCUUACAAAGUCCACCUUCCAUUUAUUACCAAACCUUCCACUUCCAUGCCUUUAUUUAUUUUUCUUUUGUUCUUUUUCAAGUUUUCAACUCUCUAUUAUAACUGUUUCAUAAGUUUGGAAAAUUAAGAGAGUCAUCAUUAAUGGAGAAAAUUUUCAACACAAUGCUUCCCUUCCUCGAAACUCAGAUGAUGUCACAAUAUCUUCUGAUCUCUUACAUCUCUCAUUUAAAUUUAAAUUAACAGCAACCAAAUCUCAUAAGAUGGAGAGCUCAGUUGGGUUCAUGACAGUCUUCGCUGUCUCCGGAAGCGUGGUGCUCCUUGCAGCUCAGCUUCACAAGCGUCUCCUAUCUGAUUACAUGGACAAGCUGGAACCUCAACAUCCUAAUAAGGAAAGCAAGAAAAAGAAGAAGAAAGUGAGCUUUGCUGAAGAUAUGGUGGAGCCAUCAGGGAACAACGAAGAGUAUCGCCGGAGUUUUCGCAAAUCAAAGUUGGAGAAUCCCACAAAAGAGUCAAGUUGUAUAACAAGUCAACAUUCAACACACUAGUUUUUUGUAUAAAAAUUCUCUUUAUCUUUUUUUCUUCCUUUCUAAUUUGGUAUUAUUUCUACAUCGCUACAUACCCCAUUCAAUGUUUUUUUUUUGUUUUUUUAUGUCAAAUUGUGUCGAUGGACGUAGAUGUGUUGUUAAUGUUCUGAAUUCGUAUCGACUAGCGUAUUAAUUGGUACCAGCCAG